UGAUGGAGAACGAAGAACAGGAGGAAGAUGCCAACUCCCUCUCAAAGGAUGGAUCAGAGACUAACUCUCGUAACUGCCUCUGCUAUGUGGCCCUUGGGAUAGCCUUUCUUUUGUUGGCUGGAGCUGCUGCAGCAACCUGGUAUUUCCUAGACUACAGACCAUGGCACCUAGAACCAGCCGUCCUGCAGUUUUACUCUGGCAGCCUCCAGGUCCUCAAUCGCCAAUACACCCCAGACCUUGGGCAGGUGGAGUCCAGAGCCUUCUGGUUGGAGUCAGCUAAGCUCCAGAAGAUGCUGAAGGAACUGAUUCGUGCCACAGAACUGGGUCGAUAUUACAACUCAAGCACAGUGUAUGCCUUUGGGGAGGGGGCCCUGACCUUCUUCUUCUGGUUUGCCCUCCAAAUCCCGGAGAGUCAGCAGAAGGAGGUGACUGCUGAGAAGGUAAACACAGUGCUCCACCAAGAGCUCUCCACCAGCUUCAACAGCUCGGGCAGUCUGUCCUACCAGACAGAGUACAGGGUCAAUCCAGACUCACUGGUUCUGCUGGAAUCCAGUGUGAAAGACAUAGUAGUGCUGAAAUCCACUCUGGGUUGCUACAGGUACAGCUAUGUCCAGGAGGAUGACAUCCUGAGGCUGGAGGGCCCUGACUACCUGGCUUCCAGUUGCCUUUGGCAUCUCCAUGGCCUCAAGGGCUACAUGAUCAAGCUACGCCUGGAGUGGACACUCCUGGACUGCAGGGACCGCCUGGCUAUGUAUGACACAGCCGGGCCCCUGGAGAAACACCUCAUCACCUCGAUCUAUGGCUGCAGCCGGCAGGAGCCUGUUGUGGAAGUCCUUUCAUCUGGCCCUGUCAUGUCCAUUGUGUGGAAGAAAGCCAUGUACAGCUACUACGACCCCUUCAUCCUCUCAGCACAGGCGGUGCCCCUCAAAGCCUGCGAAGUGAAUAUAACUCUGCGGGAACAUCUCGAGCUGCAGGGGAAGAUCGGCACCCCGCACUACCCCAGUUACUACUCACCCAACACGCAGUGCACCUGGCAUAUGACGGUCCCAUCCCUUGACUAUGGUGUCACCCUGUGGUUCGAUGCCUAUUCACUCAGCAGACAGAAGCACGACCUGCCCUGUACCCAAGGCCAGUGGAUAAUUCAGAACAGAAGGUUGUGUGGCCUGCGGACCCUGCAAGCUUAUGCUGAGCGGAUCCCAGUCACGUCCUCGGCUGACAUCACCAUCACCUUCACCUCGCAGAUCUCCUUAACUGGCCCUGGUGUACAGGUGGCUUACAGCCUGUACAACCUGUCUGACCCCUGUCCUGGAGAGUUCCUGUGUUCCGUGAAUGGCUUGUGCGUUCCAGCUUGUGACGGGAUCAAAGACUGCCCCAAUGGGCUGGAUGAAAGAAAUUGUGUGUGCCCUGCAAAGUUCCAGUGCCGUGAGGACAGCACUUGCAUCGAGUUCAGCAGCGUCUGCAAUCAGCAGCAGGACUGUGUCAAUGGGAGCGAUGAGGAGCACUGCAGUGAAGGGGUCCCCUGUGGUCCUUUCACCUACCGCUGUGAGGAUGGGACCUGUGUGAAGAAACCCAACCCCCUGUGUGACACCACUGCAGACUGCAAGGACCUGUCCGACGAGAAGCGCUGCGACUGUGGGCUGCAAGCCCCUCUCAGCAGGAUCGUGGGUGGUGCUAAUUCUGUGGAAGGGGAAUGGCCGUGGCAGGCCAGCCUGCAAGUUCGGGGACGCCACAUUUGCGGGGGAACACUCAUUGCUGACCGCUGGGUGGUCUCAGCCGCACACUGCUUCCAGGAUGAGAGACUGGCCUCUGCCUCCAUCUGGACCAUUUACUUGGGCAAAUAUUUGCAAAAUGCUACCAGCCACACAGAGGUGUCCUUCAAGGUGAACCGCCUCUUCCUCCACCCUUAUUAUGAAGAGGACAGCCAUGAUUAUGAUGUGGCCCUGCUCCAGCUGGACCAUCCUGUGAUCAUCUCACCCUUAAUCCAGCCCAUCUGCUUGCCUGCCCCUUCCCACCUCUUUGCACCUGGCCUUCAUUGCUGGAUCACGGGCUGGGGAGCCCUCAAGGAAGGCGGGCACAUCAGCAAUGUUCUGCAGAAGGUAGAUGUGCAGCUUAUCCAGCAGGACAUCUGCAGCGAGGCCUAUCACUACAUGAUUUCUCCCAGGAUGCUGUGUGCUGGGUACCACAUGGGCAAGAAAGAUGCAUGCCAGGGUGAUUCUGGAGGUCCACUGGCCUGCAAGGAACCCAGUGGCAGGUGGUUUCUGGCUGGUUUGGUCAGCUGGGGAAUGGGAUGCGCACGUCCAAAUCACUAUGGAGUAUACACCAGGAUCACUCAAGUGAUGGCCUGGAUGAACCAAACUAUGAGCUGA